AUCCUGAAGUGCAUCAGUCAGUUGGAGCUCGCUCAGCUCAUUGGGACCGGAGUUAAGACGCGCUACAUCUCCGGAAGUGGGCGGGAUCGGGAAGGAAUUAAGAGCUACACAUCCGGGGGGGAGGAGUUUAUGGGCAUUGGAUUUGGCACUUUAGUUGGAGGCGGGGUGGACAAGAAGCAGAUUGCCAGCAUGCAGGAGUCUUGCGGGGAGACGAGCUCGCAGAGUGUGGUGGUGGCCGUGGACAGGAUUUUCACCGGAUCAACGCGAUUGGACGGGAAGGCGAUAGUGGACUUCGUGCGUUGGCUGUGUGUGGUCUCCAUGGACGAGCUCGCCUCCGUGCACCACCCGCGCAUGUUCAGCCUGCAGAAGAUUGUGGAGAUCUCGUACUACAACAUGGACCGCAUUCGGCUUCAGUGGUCCAGGAUCUGGCAAGUCGUCGGCGACCAUUUCAAUAAGGUCGGCUGUAAUCCCAAUGAAGACGUGGCCAUCUUCGCCAUCGACUCCCUGCGCCAGCUGUCCAUGAAGUUUCUGGAGAAAGACGAGCUGGCCAACUUCCGCUUCCAGAAGGAUUUCUUGAGGCCGUUUGAGCUCAUUAUGAAGAAGAACAGGUCUCCCACCAUCCGGGACAUGGUCAUCCGCUGCAUCGCCCAGAUCGUCAGCAUGCAGGCCGCCAACAUCCGCUCCGGCUGGAAGAACAUCUUCGCGCUCUUCUAUCAGGCCGCCUCCGACACCAACGGGAACAUCGUGGAGCUGACCUUCCAGACCGUGGGCCACAUUGUCACCAACGUGUUCCAGCAUCACUUCCCGGCCGCCAUCGACUCCUUCCAGGACGCCAUAAAGUGUCUGUCGGAGUUUGCCUGCAAUGCCGCCUUCCCGGACACCAGCAUGGAGGCCAUCCGCCUCAUCUGUCACUGCGCCAAGUACGUCUCCGAGAGGCCGCAGGCCCUGAGGGAGUACACCAGCGAUGACAUGAAUGUGGCCCCUGGGGACCGGGUCUGGGUCCGCGGCUGGUUCCCCAUCCUGUUUGAGCUUUCUUGUAUCAUCAACCGCUGCAAGCUGGAUGUGCGGACCAGAGGCCUGACGGUGAUGUUCGAGAUCAUGAAGAGUUACGGUCACACGUUUGAGACGCAUUGGUGGCACGACCUCUUCCGCAUCAUCUUCCGGAUAUUCGACAAUAUGAAGCUCCCGGAGCAGCAGACGGAGAAGUCUGAAUGGAUGAUGACGACCUGUAACCACGCCCUCUACGCAAUCUGCGACGUCUUCACCGAAUUCUAUGAAGACCUCAACGGCAUUCUCCUGUCCGACAUCUUUGCUCAGUUACACUGGUGUGUUAAGCAAGACAACGAGCAGCUGGCCCGAUCCGGCACCAACUGUCUGGAGAACCUGGUGAUCCUGAACGGGAAGAAGUUCUGUCCUGAGGUUUGGGAGCAGACGUGCUCCUGUAUGCUGGACAUCUUCCAGACCACCAUCCCCAGUGCGCUCCUGACAUGGCGGCCGUCUCGCAUGGAGGACGAUUCAUCGGACAGACGCUUUGAUCUGGAUGUCGAUCGGCAGUCAAUGAGCAGCGUGGAGAGGAAUGCGUCGGAGCGCGCGCACAGUCAGGCCUCCGAAGAGAACUGGAAGGGGAAGAGCAGUGAGCGGCUGGCUGAUCAGAGGCUCUUCGCCGGGCUCCUCAUUAAGUGUGUGGUGCAGCUCGAGUUGAUCCAAACCAUCGAUAACAUCGUCUUCUUCCCGGCGACCAGCAAGAAGGAGGACGCCGAACAUCUGGCCGCCGCGCAGAGAGACGCGUUGGAGGCGGAGAUUCACACGGAGGCGGAGGAUCGGGGAAUGUACAAGUUCAUGUCCACGCCGCAUCUCUUCAAGCUGCUGGACUGCCUGCAGGAGUCGCAUUCCUUCGCCAAAGCGUUCAACUCCAACAACGAGCAGAGGACGGCGCUGUGGCGAGCGGGCUUCAAAGGGAAAUCCAAACCCAACCUCCUGAAGCAGGAGACCAGCAGCCUGGCGUGUUGUCUGCGCAUCCUGUUCCGGAUGUAUACCGACCCCCAGCGCCGGGACUCCUGGGACGUGAUAGAGCAACGACUCCUAACAGACGCGUUGGAGGCGGAGAUUCACACGGAGGCGGAGGAUCGGGGAAUGUACAAGUUCAUGUCCACGCCGCAUCUCUUCAAGCUGCUGGACUGCCUGCAGGAGUCGCAUUCCUUCGCCAAAGCGUUCAACUCCAACAACGAGCAGAGGACGGCGCUGUGGCGAGCGGGCUUCAAAGGGAAAUCCAAACCCAACCUCCUGAAGCAGGAGACCAGCAGCCUGGCGUGUUGUCUGCGCAUCCUGUUCCGGAUGUAUACCGACCCCCAGCGCCGGGACUCCUGGGACUUCCAGGCGCACGCCUCCAAGUAUUACCCCACGCUGUGUGACAUCAUGCAGUUUGACCUGAUUCCUGAGCUGCGCGCGGUGCUGCGGAGGUUCUUCCUGCGGAUCGGGGUCGUCUUCAGGAUUUGGGUGGCGCACGAGGUGACCGGCACGAGUCCGUUAUGAUUGGAGCUCCUGGGCCGGUUCUGGUGGACGGACAGUACAGUGGAGAGCAUUGCUCAGUGACGGACCUACCUUCUCUCAUCCAGUGUUCCCCGCCAUGUCUGCCCCGGGCCCGGGCUGUGGGGGGGGCAGAAGAGGUCAGCCCCUCCCCCGCGUGGCGUAGGUUUAGGAACGCGCUCAAUGUUCUCCGCUGUGUUCACGCGUUUUAGUUCUUAGUCGGAUGGAGAGAAAUCUCUCGUUUUAUUUUUUCUAC